AUGGCGGAAUUGCCGCCUAUUGUCUUCAUUGCCAGACAUGGCGCCCGUCUCGAUGCCGCUGACAAGGACUGGCAUUUGACCUCGCCCACCCCCUAUGACCCUCCCCUCUCCUAUGGUGGAUGGAUCCAGGCUCGAGCUCUAGGAACCCGGAUUGCCAGUCUGUUAAGGGCAUCAGAACUUACAGGCAAAGACUCAGUGGGCGACCGCGCCCAAUCUGCAACCUCGGAAACCCCGGUUCAUCUACCGUCACCCCCCGCAUCCUCGGAGUUGUGCAACCGAUACAAUAUCGUCAUCCACACCUCUCCAUUUCUACGAUGUCUCCAAACCGCGAUCGGGGUUAGUGCCGGCCUGAGCCAAUCAAGACUGGAGCCGCCCGAGAUCGCCGUGGAAUCCGCACACAAGGACACUCGCCCUUUGUUGCGCGUGGACGCCUUCCUCGGAGAAUGGCUCUCGCCAGACUAUUUUGACCAGAUCGUCCCCCCUCCUGCAUCGGAUAGGAUGAUCGCCUUGGCGAAAGCCGAGCUUCUUCGCCGGAGCGAGGGAAUCCCAGUCACCCGGGAAGGGACGCGAUCGUUGUCGGGGCACUUUCCAGGCGGGUGGAGUAGCAGCCAGUCCAACCCAACAUCUCCGCAUGACGAGGAUGACCGCCGUGCACCUUCCCGAGGAUCCUCCACCAUCACCGCCACGAUUAUGGGGGGUCAGGCUCAACGACAACGGGCCAGCACCUAUGACAAUCUUCAAAGUCCCACUGACAUAAGCACGGGUCGCAUCUCCAACGGUCCCAAGGCACUCGGUCGUUUGAAUACGGAUCUCCCUGCGAUGGCCGAUACAGCCUAUGUGCCUCCGACUCCCGGAUAUGCAGUUUCACCCUCGGACCCGAUCCCUGCCGGGUAUGUGGCCCAUGCCAGGGACGCUUGUACCAAUAUCGACUACCAGUGGGACAGCAUGCGUACCCCGUUUUGGGGGACAGGGGGCGAAUACGGGGAGGAGUGGAGUAGCAUGCAUGAACGCGUUCGUCAAGGCUUUCGACAAAUGGUCGACUGGUACCAACAGGAGAACUGGGCCACUCGGGACCGUUCAAGACGUCUGUCGAAUGGUGCUCCCCGCAAGGAAGAUUUUGCCCAGACAGUGCUUGUCAUCAUCACCCAUGGGGCGGAUUGCAAUGCCAUGAUAACCUCGUUGGCGGGCCAUUCGGUGCUUCUUGACAUCGGAACCGCAUCCCUCACCAUGGCAGUACGGCGGGAUCGGGUGACGAGUUCCCCGCUCGAGUCCGACCGUAACGAUCGAUCUUUGUCGCUGGACUAUGCGCUGCAGCUGGUGGCGUCGAGCGAUCAUCUGCGCGCGGGGGUAGACCCCUCGCAGCUCCCAUUACUCACGUCGCUGUCGUCUGCCUCGGCUUCGCAAUCGCUGCCGCCCCCCAUCCCCUUCUACCGGAACCGCCUCGGCUCGCGCCCAUCCGCUUCGCGCCCAAUCCUGCAAGGCUCAUUUACGUUGGGGCCAACUGCGGCAGUCGGACCCAACUCGCAUGGUUGGUCUCUCGCUCCGCGAUCAUCGACCUCCACAACCACGCCUCGAGGGGCGUCAGGCUUGUGGAAUUCCAUCGCAUCCCCAAUCGAGAAGAAUCCGGAUGAAAAUGAUGAUGAUCUGGAUGACUUUGUUCCCAACUUUGGAGACCGGCCCGUCAGCCACGGCUCUAAUCAUGCAAGUCCCACUUUGGAUCGAUCAGGGUGGAUAAAGCAAUCGCCUCAGCGAACCCUCUCCCAGCGUGGUCUCUGGGGCAGUGCUCCCACCUUGGACGAUCGUGACGGAACUUCACGCCGGCGCUGGACGGUGGCGGAACAGAAAUUGUGA